UGGCCUUAGUUCCUAUCGAGGUUUCCUGUGCCCCAGCCUCAACUUCCCUCCUAUGUCUGGAGAGUGAUCACGUUCACUCCCAAAGACAUCCUUUGGUAAUACUUACUGUGGGAUUCAGAGUGGGGUGCAGAGGACGACCCUGCAAAGGCACGGACUAUAAGAGAGAUCUGUGCAGCUGCGCCUCAAGGGGUGUCCUGGGCCCCUGGGCAUGAGAGGAGGGGGACCACUUGCAGUUUUACUGGAAAAUUUACCACCUUUCCAGAAUUCUCCGAAGAUAUACAGGUCGCAACUAGAGUGAGACCCGAGUUCUGCCUUGGGUCAGAAUGGCUAGAGAACCGAGAAAAAACGCAGCCCUGGACGCCCAGUCUGCAGAAGACCAGACGGGGCUCCUGACCGUGAAGGUGGAGAAGGAGGAAGCCUCCGCCUUGGCGGCGGAGGUGAGCGCACCCUGCAGCCCUGCUCGCGGCCCCGAACGCUCCCGCCAGCGCUUCCGAGGCUUCCGCUACCCGGAGGCUGCGGGUCCCCGCGAGGCGCUGAGCCGGCUCCGAGAGCUCUGCGGACAAUGGCUGCAGCCUGAGAUGCACAGCAAGGAGCAGAUCCUGGAGCUGCUGGUGCUGGAGCAGUUCCUGACCAUCCUGCCGGGGAAUCUGCAGAGCUGGGUGCGGGAGCAGCAUCCAGAGAGCGGGGAGGAGGUGGUGGUGCUAUUGGAGUAUUUGGAGAGGCAGCUGGAUGAGCCGGCGCCGCAGGUUCCCGUUGGUGACCAGGGGCAAGAACUGCUCUGUUGCAAGAUGGCACUAUUGACACAAACUCAAGGGUCUCAAAGUAGCCAGUGCCAGCCAGUGAAGGCUCUGUUCAAGCAUGAAUCUCUGGGAUCCCAGCCCUUACAAGACAGAGUUCUCCAGGUUCCUGGGCUUGCCCAGGGAGGGUGCUGCAGAGAAGAUGCAAUGGUAGCUUCCAGGCUCACUCCAGGGUCCCAGGGGUUGCUGAAAAUGGAAGAUGUGGCCCUGACACUCACUCCUGGGUGGACACAGCUGGAUUCAUCUCAGGUGAACCUCUACAGAGAUGAAAAGCAGGAGAACCAUAGUAGCCUGGUCUCCCUUGGUGGUGAAAUACAGACUAAGAGCAGGGACUUGCCUCCAGUCAAGAAGCUUCCAGAAAAGGAGCAUGGGAAGAUAUCAUGCCACCUGAGGGAAGACAUUGCCCAGAUUCCUACAUGUGCAGAAGCUGGUGAACAGGAGGGCAGGUUACAAAGAAAGCAGAAAAAUGCCGUAGGGAGUAGGCGACAUUAUUGCCAUGAAUGUGGAAAGAGUUUUGCUCAAAGUUCAGGCCUGACUAAACACAGGAGAAUCCACACUGGUGAGAAACCCUACGAAUGUGAAGACUGUGGGAAGACCUUCAUUGGAAGCUCUGCCCUCGUCAUUCAUCAGAGAGUCCACACUGGUGAGAAGCCAUAUGAGUGUGAAGAAUGUGGUAAGGUCUUCAGUCACAGCUCAAACCUUAUCAAACACCAGAGAACCCACACUGGGGAGAAGCCCUAUGAGUGUGAUGACUGUGGGAAGACCUUCAGCCAGAGCUGCAGCCUCCUUGAACAUCACAAAAUUCAUACUGGGGAGAAGCCAUACCAGUGCAAUAUGUGUGGCAAAGCUUUUAGGCGGAAUUCACAUCUCCUGAGACAUCAGAGGAUUCAUGGUGAUAAAAAUGUUCAGAAUCCUGAGCAUGGGGAGUCCUGGGAAAGUCAGGGUAGGACGGAAAGCCAGUGGGAAAAUACUGAGGCUCCUGUGUCUUAUAAAUGUAACGAGUGUGAGAGAAGUUUCACACGGAAUAGAAGUCUUAUUGAACAUCAAAAAAUCCACACUGGUGAGAAACCCUAUCAGUGUGACACAUGUGGAAAAGGUUUCACUCGAACUUCAUACCUUGUUCAACAUCAGAGAAGCCAUGUAGGGAAAAAAAUUCUUUCACAGUGACUCAUGGUAUUCAUGCCAACAUUGGUGCUCAUUUGUCACUGAACUGAAGCCACCCUGGAGCCCUUAAUGGUUACAGAAAUUGUGGACAAGGGCUUUAUUUACCACUAUACAUCAUCGGGUAUUGGACAAUGUAGUCUGGCUGGGAUGAUGAGUUAUCUUCUACAUUCCAGAAAGUGAAUGGGAGAAGAAGUCAUUUGAUAGGAGGCCAUGGGAGAGUGGUCUGGAAGUUGUAGGACCUAAAAUAGUUUGUUCUCACCCAGUGGAUUUAAAUGGCCUUCUGGACUUAAUUGCCCUCAGCCAGCACUUUAGGACAUCUGGUUGGAUGGCUCUGGUCUGGGGGGCUGCUGCUCUGACCAUUCAUUUUGCCUCUAAUGAAUCUUUCACAAAUUGGUCAGAUCCAUGAGGUCUUUUGCUCUUCUUUGUGCCUUGUAUGAUAGGUGCUAAUAAACAUUUACUAAAUGUACCAGUAA